UGCUUGACUAGUCCUAUUACGUCACCAACUUCAUCGGAACAUAUCAGCAGGAGCCAUUUUAUUCAGCGAAUGAAAACUUCGAUCUCCUUAAAAAGACAGAAGACAUUCUCCUCAACAUCAAUGUGUCCUUAAACCGAAUGAUAAACUUCAUCCUACGGCAAGGAGAAGGAUUUGGGUCUGUCUCCAUGGCUUAGUGUGCUGUACCACCUGGACCCAGAUAGAAGUCUCUUCCUCUCCUCCUUCAGCCCUUCUUCCAGUGGUGAUAUCACGUGACAUCACCGUGGGACGGUAACUGCUCCUGCUGGUUGCCAGGGAGACCCCUAACCCCCAGCCCCCCUGUGGAGAUGAAGCCCCAGGGGCUGCUCGGAGCAGAGGGGGAUUGUGGGAUGUUGGGUCUGCUGGUGCCCAGUCCCCAGAGUGAGGCGGUUACCCAUGAGCUGGAGGAGCUGUCCCUACAGCCCAGCAACAACCUGCCCCCCCUCAAUGAACGCAAGAACGUCCUUCAGCUGAGGCUACUGCAGAGGCGUACCCGUGAGCAGCUGGUAGACCAGGGCAUAAUGCCACCUCUAAAGAGCCCAGCGGCAUUCCAUGAGCAGAUACGCAGCCUGGAGAGAGCCCGGACUGAGAACUUCCUGAAGCACAAGAUCCGCAGCCGACCAGAGAGAUGUGAGCUGGUCAGAAUGCACAUCCUCAAGGAGACUGGGGCAGAGCCCUCCCUGCAGGCCACCCAGAUGAAGCUGAAGAGGGCCAGGUUGGCUGACGACCUGAAUGAGAAGCUGGCUCAGCGCCCAGGUCCCAUGGAACUGGUAGAAAAGAACAUUCUGCCUGUAGAACCCAGCGUCAAGGAGGCCAUCAUUGUAAACUACCCCAACGCACUGGACGCCUACGGGUUUGAGGAGGACAGCGGGGAUGCCCUGUCUCCAGAGCAGCCGGCCAGCCACGAGUCCCAGGCCGCCGCACCCUCCCCUGGGGAACCCCGGGCCCUGGAGACCCCCUGUCCACCACCGCUGCCCACCAUAACCAACAACCAUACCAUCCUACAGCCCUUCCCUGUUGUCACCCAGGCAACAGCAGACUUCCUCAAAGCUCUCUCCACCAAUGAGCCACCAGUUAGUCGCCCAGCUCCCGCACAUCAGCCAGUCACCACUGUUGCUUCUCAAAAGCCAGGGCCCACCCUAGUGAAACAGAGCCAGCCCAGGCAGCCGGGGGAGAGGAAUCGCAGUAAGAAGGGCAAGGAGCCCAAGCCCCGGGUCAAGAAGUUAAAGUACCACCAGUAUGUCCCCCAGGACCAGAAACAGGAGGCCAGCGAAGCCCCCAUGGACUCAUCCUACGCCAAGAUCCUCCACCAGCAGCAGCUCUUCCUCCAGCUGCAGAUCCUCCACCAGCAGCAGCAGCAGCAGCAGCACUACCACACCAUCCUCCCAGCACCCUUAAAGCCUGUAGCUGAGGGUCAGAGCAGCGCUGUGAACGGUCUGCCGACCUCUAUAGUGGUGUCCCUGCCGCCUGCUGUCCCGCCUCCCACCCCUGUCCGCCCCAACAGCCUAUCCAACCGCAAGCCUGGCCAACUGCCCCCCAACCUGGAGGACAUGAAGGUGGCCGAGUUGAAACUGGAGCUGAAGUUGCGAAGCCUCCCUGUGUCAGGGACCAAGACUGAUCUCAUCGAGAGGCUGAAGCCUUACCAGGAGAGCCCCAGCACCCCAGCUCUGACCCCCGGCCCGAACACCCUCCCAUCCUCAGUCCCCAUGGAGGUCAGCUCAUCCCCCGCACUUCUCCUAGCUGCCCAUCAGUUGGCACCAGAGAGCAUGAGCUCCACACCCCCAGUAUCCCCAAUCCCCACAGACCUCUCCACCUUUAGAGACAACAGAGGGGUGUCCGAGCUAUUUUGCGGCCCCCAGAGGGUUAGUCCCGGUCGUGCAGGCGUGGGGAUGUCCCCCCUGAGGCCGGGUGUCCCAGAGGAGAAGGACCCGCGGCUCCAUGAGAAGGAGCGUCAGAUCGAGGAGCUGAUGAGGGAGCUGGAGCAGGAGCAGAGGCUGGUGGAGGAGCUGAAGAUGCAGCUGGAGGUGGAGAAGACCCAGCCUCUACAGGGACCCUCCACAGACCCUGUCCCCAUGAUCCAGACCUCCAACAAGGUCAAACUGGAAGACAGGGUCCUCCCUAACUGCUCAGCCAUGGUUACCUCAAUCAUGGCUCCCCAGACUCACCCUCACUCUCUUCCCACUGUGGUGAAGCUGGAGGAUGUGCUCUGCAACUCCCAGCCCCAGCCCCCGCACCAGCCCUACCUCACCCCUACCCUGCCACAGUUCUUCAUCAGCCACCAGGGGGCAAUGUCCCAGGUUGUAGGCCAGCCUGGCACCCAGACCCUGCUUGCAGCCCAGGAUGGCACUACCCAGAUCCUAAUGCCUGUCCUCCAGGCUACGAUAUCAAAUCAAGCCCCAGGCCUGAUCCAGGCCUCAGUGCCCCAGCUACACACCACCAAGAUGGAGACUCGGCAGGCCUCAACUCAACAGCAGAUACUUAAUCAUAACCACAUGCUGCAGACUUUCACAGCGUGCAACGGCCCUGGCUCUGGGAUGGUGGAGAACCAGACAGGGCCUGACAUGCAUCCCCAGUGUUUCCUGAGAAGCUCCCCAGAUAACAGGCUCUCUCCCCGGGGGGUUUCACCCAACCACACCCUCUCCAAUGGGCCUGUCAACAAGUCCCCCUCUCCGUCUCCAUCCCAGCCCACCUUCAUCCUCCAACACUCCUCCCUCGUGACCCAGCCCCCCAUGACCAGGGAGCCCCCUUGCUACGAGGAUGCAGUCAUACAGACACGCAACCUGAAGCAGGCCAACAACCUCUCACAGGUUUCCACGGCAACCAGCCAGCAGAUGGACGACCUAUUUGACAUCCUGAUUCAGAGUGGAGAGAUCACUCCUUUCAUCCAGCAGCCGGACCUUCUGUCUCUCAGCACCAAGACUGUUCCUAUCACAGCCAACAUCACUACCCUCCCUGUCAACACCGCCCUGUCCAGGCCCCCUCCACAGAUCCAGGUAGCUCCCCCUCCCAUCUCGCCCGUCGACCCCCUCCAUCUCCCAAGCCUGGCCACCAUGACCUCAGACAAGCAGUUGGAGGCCUUCCUGGAGGGAACCCUGAACGAUCCGUCCCCAACCACGGACCCCCGCACCCUGGGUCUGAUCGAGGAGCUGCAGUCCCAGCUUCUGGAUCAACCCUACUCCCCCAUGGACACCUCGGAGCUGUCCUUCUGCGACUCCACGUCUCCCCCCUCCUCCCUCAAUAUGGGCAUGUCUGACACAGCCCUGGACAACAUGGAGUGGCUGGACCUAACCAUGCCGCCCGGUCCCGCGCGGGGGCUUACGCCACUGGGGAUUCCUUCAGACUUCCUGGAUACACACGACCUGCAGCUGCACUGGGACUGAUGGAGAGAUGGAUGAGGACAAGGAUGGAGGGACCGAGAGAAGAGGAGAAGAGGAGGAGAGGAGCGGUUGAGGAAAUGAAAAGGGAUAGAGGCACUCAACAUAAGGAAUCCGGACUUGGUUAGUCAGGUUAUAGUCCUGGUGCAUUUUAAAACUUUAUUUUUUGGUGGGGGUUUAACACAAAAUUAUCUUGUUUAUAUUUUGCUACCAUAUCCUAGGAUUGGCCAGCCGGUGAUGGGGGCAUAGGGUGUUGCUUAAUAGAGCACUGGGGCCAGAGGCAAAUGAACAAGGAUGCAGACAUUAUGGAAAUAUCCUGUAAAUGAUGGAGAUAUUUCAACUAGAACAAGGUUAGAUGUUCCCUCAGCCCUCCUGGAGUUUUCACUGGGUUGUGCAAAGCUUUCACCAUACAACUCCUGACAGGCAGCUUGUACGGUGGUCAGCUUGCCUUGCGGUGAACACGUGGAUGUGUUAACUUAGCAUGCUUUUCACAUCAGUCAUAUUACAGGGUGUUCAUCUACAGCCAUUUCUCUGUGGACGCAUGCUGUUUGGUUAUUACAGAUCUGUUGUACACAAGCCACGACAGACAGCAUAACUGACAGAUGUAAACCUCACAGAUUACAAGGCUGUGUUUAACACUGAUCUUUUAUUGCGACAUACAUAUAUUUGGGUUUUCUGACCCUUCUGAUACAUAUUGUAUUGGAUGAGACAGUUGGACUGUUUAAGCAAUGAACUGAACUGACGCCGAGAACAGACUCACUCCUAUUGGACAAGGAGGAGUAGUCUCCUCCCACUAUGAGCUAUGCACUAAGGAGGCGGGCCUUAUACCUCCAUCUCACAAGGAAAUGUGAAUCACAGAUAAUGAUUUUGUAGAUUUAACGGUUUAUUGAAACAAUGUUGAUGCACUUGUUGGUUAUCUCAGUGUACUAGCGCCUUCAGUUCAAUCUAAGUUGAUCCGUCUGAAUGUAAAUGGAGACUUUACAUUGUUGGCAGCUUUAUCUUCUGAAAGACAACUGACGUAUCAGUGGGGAGGGACCAAAUAUGGUAUCACACAGGUAUACUACAUACAGGUUAAUGUGUGUACUUACUGUAUGCUAGCCUGGUUCCAUCUCUGUUUGUGCUCUUGCCAACUCUGUUACUCAUUGUCAAGCCAGAUAUGUUUGGCAUAGCAAUGAGUGACAAGAAGGUGGCAUGAUGGCACAAAAAGACUGGCACUCAGGCUAACUGUAUUCUACAGUGUUUGACAUGUUUUAAUGAGGCUGCAUGACCUCUGGAGAACAGAGGUGUUAUACUUUUCUGUCUGUCCUGAAUUCUGUCUGUCAACUCUCUGCACUUUGUCUCUGUGUCAGUGGUUCUGUCUCUGUGUGAAAGUAUGCAUGUGUCUAGAGCUGGGCGAAAUGGCCUCAAACCAGGGGCGCAACUUUGGUUUUAGAAGUGGGGGGGACAUAAAUUACUAUUAUUUUAUUUUUUAAUCCAGUCGAAUAAACACUCCAGCCUACCCGACCGCUCGGAGGCGUCCGCAUGGUUCUAAAGCAUGCCAUUGCCUCGUUUUGUAUUACAUUCAAAUGAUAAAACAGGGGGACAAAAAUGCAAUUUCAGAAUAUGGGGUAGACAUGUCUCCCCGGUCCACAGUGAAAGUUGUGCCCCUGCCUAAAACUAAUCUCUAUUUUUUUCAAACUUAUGGGCGAUUCCCAAUAUAUAUCAAAACACAUUUUUAUGUUUUCUCUAAGCGUUGUUGUACAAUUAAAGGUCAAAUACACUACAUUUAAAACAGUCACCAAUAGUCUAAUCAAUUCAGAGCUUUGUAAAUUAUACAGAGGCUGAAUAUAUGCCUUCCACAAACAUGAGACCCACUAAUCAUUACGUUAUUUUAUCAAAAUAGUUGUACUUGCUUUUAUUGCAAUUAUCACUGAUCUGGCUUUCAGGUCUGUCUAUAAAAAGGCUCUUUUUGUUACAAAUUUAACCAUAACCAUGCAUAAUGUACAUUCACUAAUCAUGUAGCAGGCAUUAUAGAAAAUGAACACGGGUCUCAUAAACAAUCUCUCAUGCACACGCCCACGUGCUCGUGAGUAGUCAGCAAAUAUUUCUAUUUCAAGUUUAGCCAACUUAGAUCUAGUUAUAAUUUGACAAGUUCUGAAUUCAGCUAACAAGUCAAAACAGUUGUAAUUGUUAUGAACACAACCUUGUGUCCGUCUCUAACUGUUUGAACAGCAUAGUAGCCUGCCCACUCUGUUCAGAUGUUGAAAUCAAGUGGCCUACCUUAUUUCACAGAAUGAGAAUGAGUUGCCAAAUCCUUAUAUAAUUGUUUUAUGUGUAUUGCAUAUUUAUAAAACACAGACUAAACAGCUAGUAUAGCAAUCUUUAUUUGGCUAAAAUGCUGCUAGCGGUACCGUAAAGCGUGCGACAAUCUGAGCAUUUUCCAGAAUGAAUGUUCAUUGGUACAUCUGUUUCAGUAGUGUCUUCUCUGCACUAAAUUGAAAGAGUUGAAACGGUUCGAAAGGUUUACAACUUCUCUAUUACAGUAAAAUAGUGUCUCCAUGUGUUUCGCUGUCCAUAUGACACAUUUAUGUUGGACCAGACCUCAAAUGCAAAUAACGAGUUGAAACCAUUUGACAGAGAGGAAGAAGUGAUAUCUCAUCUUUGUUGUUGUGAGUGGAAGGGGGGAGGGUCUUGGGAGAAAGAGGCGAAGCGAGAGGCUUCACUCUCGCCAAAAUCUAUCCAAAAUAAGCCCAAUGCGUUUCUAUGCGCUUAUUUUGAACCUGAGCUUAUCGCCUGCCUUCCCGCUUUUGCGACGACGACUCCCAUUGUUAGGGCGGAGACAUGAUGAUCUCAUCAUUAUAUACAGAUCUCUGGUGUAAAUGGGAAGGAGCGAACGAGACGAGAUCAAAAAGACAACAUGAGAACAAGCGGACAUAAAUGCUCAUAAAAAUAAAAUAAAAACUUGAUUUAACUCGAUUGAAUGUUAAAAACAUGAAUUGGAUAUAUCGCCCAGCCCUACAUGUCUGUCUGUCAGUAAGAGUCCCUUAUGUCUGUGUGUCUGCAUGUGUGUCAGGGUGUCUUCUUGAAUGCACGUUUUAAUAAGUGUCUGACAUCCGGCUAUAUUUGUCUCUGUCACUGAGUUGGCUGCAACUCAUUUUGAGUCCUCUUCAUUUUUAUGGAGUUGGACGUUCAUCAGACAGCACUACCUUUGCCAAAUGAACACGUUUUACAGGCUGAGUUUUUAAAAGGUUUGGCUCACAGAACAGCUUUUCUCUGACUGUUCCAUCUGUCCUGUUUGGUUAUAUGGUCAAAAUGCACAGACACCCCCAGUGGUGUGCCCAGCAUACAGGGUAAACUACAAGGGACUACACCGUAGCUUCUGGCAUAGCUACCAUUUUAUGGAUGAAUUCGACCAUGAAGCUGAUUAUAUGUAUGAUACAUUGAAACUGGGGUUGUGUAGUUCUACCUGGCAUAUCAUGCCAAACGAGUUUCUAAUAUUCAGUAUCUCAAUCCAAAUAUUAUUCUGAUCAAUAUUGUAUAGAAUUAAUACGGUCGUACUGUACAGCACUUUAGAAUACCAUGGCUUUUAUUUUUCUGUCAUUGUUUGAACAAUCAUUCUUAUCCAACAAGUCAAACACUAAUAAUAACCCAUAGGCAGGUAGUAAUGACAUACUGUACACACGGUCUCUGACCAUUGGGAACCAAAUGUUUGGAACUGUGGUUUAGGGCUAGUAAGGAAUUUUGUUUUUCCAUUGUUGCCUAAUAAGGCAGUGAAACAUCAGUUAAUAUCUACUGUUGACCAACAAAAAUUAUCGUAUUUCUAAAAUGUUACAAAAUCAUAGUAUUUUUUUUCUGUAUAUACGCAAGAGGAAGAUUACUGUAUAUUGUUUUUACCAUCCAUAUCAGAAUUAUAUGACCAAGUGUAUCAAUGGACAAAAUCAACAUAAGUAUGUUGUAAAUGUGACAGUUGGAUUCAAAAACAUUUUGAUUCUGAACCAUGUCAAAUCUGUGUAUGCUCUUAAUAGAAUGUUAAUGAAGCAAUAAGGCCAUAGCCUUACGCUUUUUAUUGAACCUUAUUUUAACUUGGCAAGUCAGUUAAGAACAAAUUCUUACAAUGACGGCCUACCCCACCAGCCAAACCCUCCCCUAACCCAGACGACGCUGGGCCAAUUGUGCGCCGCCCUAUGGGACUCCCGAUCACGGCCGGUUGUGACACAGCCUGGGAAUGAACCAGGGUCUGUAGUGACGCCUCUAGCACUGCAAUGCAGUGCCUUAGACCAGUUGGUGCAUUUUUAUAUUUUGUCAGUCCUUUAUAACGAGAUGUCACAGUACAGCAGAUUCAUCUUCAGCACUUGCCAUAUCAACAUGUUGAUCAUUGCAAGCAAAUAUUGAUUUGGGCCUACCUAAUUCUGUGUUUUCUGUACGGUACAGUCUCGCACUCAACCGUUGUUCUUGGUCUGAAAUGUUGUAACUGGUAAGACAUCUGCCAAGUCUCUGUCAUCCUCUGUAUGCCAUACAUACAUACAUUUUGCACAUUGUGUACAUAUUUAUAAAGAUGUCAUGCAUAUUUUUAUACAUAUGUAGCACAGCCAUGAUCUUUAUUUUGUAAAUAAUAUGAAAAAAUAUGUAUAUAUGUACUGUAUGCUUUUAGGCGUCAAUAAAACGUGGUUUAUUGUGAAA